AUGGAGAAGAGAAACAGCACCUCAGACUUCAUUCUCCUGGGACUCUUUAAACACACAAGCCCCCACCUUUUUCUUUUUGCUAUGGUGCUGACAAUAGCCAUUACUUCUCUCAUGGGCAAUGCCCUCAUGCUUCUCCUGAUUCACCAAGAUCACCGGCUCCACACACCCAUGUACUUUCUACUGAGCCAACUCUCCUUCAUGGAUGUGAUGCUGGUUUCCACCAUUGUGCCCAGAAUGACUACUGGCUUUCUAACUGGCAAGAAGUCUAUCUCCCCUGCUGGUUGUGGGUUACAGAUUUUUGUCUCACUCACUCUGGGUGGUGGAGAAAGUUUUCUCUUAGCAGCAAUGUCAUAUGACCGCUGUGUGGCUGUAUGCCACCCCCUGAGAUACCCAGUCCUCAUGAGCCGGCAGUUAUGCCUGAGAAUGACUUUGGGGUCUUGGUCCCUGGGGGCAGCUGAUGGGCUCAUACAGGCAGUUAUUACCCUGAGCUUCCCAUAUUGCAGUACACGGGAGAUCGAUCACUUCUUCUGUGAGGCUCCCAUGCUGGUGCGUUUGGCUUGCACUGAUACAUCUGUCUUUGAGAAUGUCAUGUACAUCUGCUGUGUGCUAAUGCUCCUGAUCCCCUUAUCCCUCAUCCUGACCUCCUACAGUCUCAUCCUUGCUGCUGUUCUCUGCAUGCGUUCCACAGAAGCCCUCAGGAAGGCCUUUACUACCUGCUCUUCUCAUUUGGCUGUGGUGGGACUCUUUUAUGGAGCUGCCAUUUUUAUCUACAUGAGACCCAAAUCCUACAGGUCAGCAACCUCUGAUAAGGUGGUGUCAGCCUUCUAUACUAUCUUCACCCCUAUGCUGAACCCCCUAAUCUACAGUCUGAGGAACAGAGAGGUCAAGGGAGCUUUGGAAAAGUGGCUAGGGAAAUGUGUAAACAUAAAAACACAGAAAACAUAG